UUACGGCGCCAGUGCUUCAGAGCAGCGCAGAAAUGCUAUAUGGUGACUAUGAUCAGGAAAUGCAAAAAUAUGAUGCCUUCUGCUAUGAAUAUUACUGCAGAUUAAGACAAAAUAAUGCUGCAUUAUACCGAGCAUUAUAUGAAAACUGGUACAGUGCAAAUAAUUUUUACCCAGCACAUUAUGGAUGGAUUAGAGACAUGAAUUUCAGCAGCAAAUUUUCUGACUCAGAGAGGUCAUCAUUGCCCAUAGUCCAGUCAAAUGAAGAAUGGCAGAAAAGUAAUGACUACUCAGCAGCUACAGGUAUGGAAAAUAAUGAUAGACCAGAAAUAGAUUUUCAGUAUUAUGAUUCGUAUUUCUAUGGGUUUUAUGAUGCCAUGAGAAGGAUAAACCCAACAAUGUAUGCAAUACUUUAUGCAAAAUGGUGUGCAUCACAUCAUUUACCUGUUAAUGAGGCUUACAGGAGUCAAAUUCCACAUAAUAUAACAGCUAGAGAAUCUUCACAUUUGGCGAGAGAGCGAUUGCCAAAGGACUUUAUCACUACUCAUUGUGAUACAGAUGGAAGUGAAAUUCUUACUUCUGAUUCUUCAUCAUCUCCAGAAACCAAGGAGAUGGAACAUUUAGACAGAGGUCUUGUUGAAGAAUAUUGCCAGGUUACCUCAGGAAGUGGACACCAGGUAAAUGACAGAGAUAUUACAUCAGAAGUACAACUACAAGGAGGUGUUGCUGCUGAUAGGAUGCUACCAAAAUUGUAUGAACCAGGGGACACGAAUCCUAGACAGGAGAUAAAGGUUAUUUCAUCAGAACAACUGCAAACUUCGUGCACUGCUGUUAAUAAGAGCCUAAACAAAACAGAUGAUCCAGCUGAAAAGAAGCAAGGGAAGUCAUGGAUAAAUACGUUUCUGAACAAAAUGCGUUUCUCAAAAACAGAGGCACAUCUACCAGAUGACGACUGUCCAACAAUUGUAUGGGAUAAUGAUAGAAAACAGUGGAUUGAUACAACUACAAAUGAAAACAGUUACUCUGGUGGUCUGCUUUUGCCUCCAAAGUCAUCUGGGAUUGGUCCAUGUGGAGCCAACAACGUCUACAGGCUCAAAAAAUCGAGAGAUGUAAGAUCGAAGUAUGUGGAUGUUCUACAGACCAGCAAACAAUUUUCGAAUGUGAUACUAGGUUUCAAGAACAGCUCAGAAGAGAAAUCAUAUUUAUAACAAGUGAACUAUGUAGCUAGAUCAGUGAUUGAUAAUGUAAAUUGGUAAAUGUGACAUUUUUGAAAAUAAUUUGUAUUGU